CAGAGAUCGACUAUAUUGUCCGCCCAUCUUGUAGCUGAGCACGCACUAGCAGUGGUGGUUUUUUGCUUUGGAGCCAAGUAGCUUCUUGUAGCGAUGACAAGGGGUGGCGAUGCGGUGGCGGAGGCGAGCGAGCACCUCCUUGGCCCGCCGCCGGCGAGGGGCGGCGACGGAUCUUCGCUGGGGAUGGUCAUGGCCAGCACCGGCGUCGCCGUGCUCGGCUCUUUCGCCUUCGGCGUCGCGAUUGGCUACUCGGCACCAGCUGAGGCCAGGAUCAGCCGGGACCUCCAGCUGACCCUCUCCGAGUACUCUGUUUUCGGGUCGGUAAUAACAAUCGGGGCCAUGAUCGGAGCGGUCGUGAGCGGGCAGAUUGCGGAUGUUGCUGGACGCAAAGGGGCGAUGAGGGCGUCUGCUCUCGUUUCCAUCGUCGGAUGGCUGGCUAUCUUCUCUGCACAGAGUGCUUCUUCACUUGAUUUUGGGAGAUUUUGCACCGGACUCGGCGUCGGAGUGUUUUCGUAUGUGGUGCCGGUUUUCAUUGCGGAAAUUGCUCCGAAGGCUCUUCGCGGGGGGCUUACAGCUCUGAAUCCAUUGAUGAUAGGCACUGGAUUGUCCGUGACGUAUAUCGUCGGCACGGUUGUGUCCUGGCGCAUGCUGGCCAUGGCUGGACUUGUUCCAUGCAUAAUUCUCAUAGCUGGUCUCUUCUUUAUCCCUGAAUCGCCUCGAUGGCUGGCAAAGGUUGGCCGGCAAAAGGAGUUUGAAAUAGCACUGCAGCACCUCCGUGGCAGAGACGCGGAUGUGUCCCUGGAAGCUGCAGAAAUCAAGGACUUCGUCGAGACCAUUGACAAUCUUCCAAAGCCUGGAAUCCAGGAUCUUUUCAGCAGGCCAUACAUCCGUCCUGUCGUUAUCGGCGCGGGUCUAAUGGUUUUCCAGCAGUUUGCAGGGAUAAAUGGCAUCCUGUUCUACGCCAGUGAAACAUUUGUCUCAGCUGGGUUCGAUUCAGGAAACCUAGGAACAAUCUUGAUGGCGUGUAUCCAGUUACCACUCACAACACUUGGAGCUCUACUGAUGGACAGGAGUGGCAGAAAGCCACUAUUAUUGAUUUCCACAUCUGGACUCCUCGUCGGGACUCUUAUGUCAGCAGUAUCAUUCUACCUUAAGAUUCACGGGAUAUUCCCGGAGCAAGUCCCAGUCAUCACACUCACCAGCAUAUUGGUCUACAUUGCAAGCUAUUCACUAGGGAUGGGUUCCGUUCCUUGGGUCAUAAUGUCAGAGAUAUUCCCCAUCAAUAUGAAAGGAAUCGGCGGAAGCUUCGUGACUCUGGUGAACUGGUUGGCUUCAUUAGCAGUUUCUUUCGCCUUCAACUUCCUCAUGAGCUGGAGUGCUUCAGGAACAUUCUUCUUCUUCGCCUUCGUUUGCGCGGUGGCUAUUCUCUUCAUUGUGAAGAUCGUGCCGGAGACAAAAGGCAAGACCUUGGAAGAGAUUCAGGCUUCCAUAAACUGCGGCACAUGAGUGGCUUGGAGAAACAUGACUGUUGCGUUCCUUGUGAAGAUUCCUGCGGGAGACAAAAGGCAAGACAUUUGAAGAGAUUCAGGCUCCAAUAAACUGCAGCAUAUGUGUGGUUUCUAGAAAGUUAGAUGACGCAUUUUUCUUUGCCCACACAAUUCUAUACAAUCUGUAUCGAAUCCGUAACGAAGAUAGGUAUCAGGAUAGCUAAAACGUGCAGAAGAUUUUGAUGUUGGUGUAUCCUUCUAGAGGAUUUGCAACUGCCUCCUCUUCUAUUAGGUCUGCCAAAAUAGUAUGAUAUAUUGUCAAACAAAAAGCGAGUGAAUUUUCAUCUGCUGAUGUAAUCAGCUGAGAGCAAGACAUGCAGUCAGACAUGUUACAUAGUGCCUUGCCGCGCCGUUCUUCUCUGGGGUUGUAAAAUCUUUUGGUCUUUAUUCCUC